UUCUGGUAAGAAGGCCCCGUGAUCGGCUUCAGCCACUGGCCGUCCUACCGUGCUUGGAGCUUAAAUAAAGGGACGAUUCGGGCCCCGAGAGUCACAGUUCUGACCUUCCAGGCUCGCAGCCCGGGGCCCGCCGACGCCAUGAGUUGGUCCUCGCACCUUCCGAGUGUCAUCUACUUCUACAUUCUUUCAUUGCUCUUUUCACCAUGCCUUGCAUAUGUCGCUACCCGAGACAACUGUUGCAUCUUAGAUGAAAGAUUCGGUAGUUAUUGCCCAACUACCUGUGGAGUUGCAGAUUUCCUGUCUAAUUACCAAACCAGUGUAGACAAGGAUCUACAAAAUUUGGAAGGCAUCUUAUAUCAGGUUGAGAACAAAACAUCAGAAGCCAGAGAGCUGGUCAAAGCAAUCCAGAUCAGCUAUAACCCUGAUGAACCAUCAAAGCCAAAUAACAUAGAGCGUGCUACCAAGAAUUCCAAGAGAAUGAUGGAAGAAAUUAUGAAAUAUGAAACAUUGAUAGCAACACAUGAAUCAACAAUUCGAUUUUUGCAGGAAAUGUAUAACUCAAAUAAUCAAAAAAUCAAUAACCUAAAACAGAAAGUGGUCCAGCUUGAAGCACAGUGUCAAGAGCCUUGUCAAGAUACAGUGAAAAUACAUGAUGUAACUGGGAGAGACUGCCAAGAGGUUGCUAAUAAGGGGGCCAAAGAGAGUGGGCUUUACUUUAUCAGACCUCUGAAAGCUAAGCAGCAGUUCUUAGUCUACUGUGAAAUCGAUGGGUCUGGAAAUGGAUGGACUGUGUUUCAGAAGAGGCUUGACGGCAGUGUGGAUUUCAAGAAAAACUGGAUUCAAUAUAAAGAAGGGUUUGGACAUCUGUCUCCAACUGGAAACACAGAAUUUUGGCUGGGAAAUGAGAAGAUUCAUUUGAUAAGCACACAGUCUACCAUCCCUUAUGUAUUAAGAAUACAGUUGGAGGACUGGAAUGGCAGAACCAGCACUGCAGACUAUGCUUCAUUCAAGUUAACAGGUGAAAAUGACAAAUACCGCCUGACAUAUGCUUACUUCAUUGGUGGAGAUGCUGGAGAUGCAUUUGAUGGCUAUGAUUUUGGUGAUGAUUCUAGUGACAAGUUUUUCACAUCCCAUAAUGGCAUGCAGUUCAGUACCUGGGACAGUGACAAUGAUAAGUAUGAUGGCAACUGUGCUGAACAGGAUGGAUCGGGUUGGUGGAUGAACAAAUGUCAUGCUGGCCACCUCAAUGGAGUUUAUUAUCAAGGUAUGGCUUUCUUCCUUAAUACAUGAAUUUAUGUAUGAUCUAUAUUUUUAUAAAAGUAAAUAAAUAUAAGUAAGAAAUAAUUAGUAAAGAUAUUGGGAGCUUGCUAUACAGUUCUUUAUUUUAAGCCAGAACUGGAUAAUUCUAGCUUAUACCUGAAUCUGGCCCUCUACAGGAAAUCCACCUGCUGCAAACUAUGCAGUGAUAUUCAUGAUGCUUCCGUCAAGGUUGAUACUUUGGGUUAUGGUGUCUCCUCUAGUCUUACCCUAUAUGUUAUCUGGAUGGACUAACAUUGCCAUGUCUAUACUGUUAAACACAAUAGCCUGGCUCAGCUUCCCAUGAGCUGGUGUCAGAUAGAAUCAGUGAGCAGUGUCUAGAGGAAUUAAGUGAAGGGCAGGGAUAUAUUGGAGGGUCUACAGGUCCAUGAAAGUUUGAGAAAAAUCCAGCCUGAGGAGUGUAGAUACUUAUUUUAGCACAGGGGGAGGGCAAGCUAUAGUUUGCUCUGAGGCUGGAGUAGUUCUGAGCACUGGUUUUAAUUACUAACAGAAUAUUGGAAUUCUCCAGCAGGUAUGCAUGGGGAAGUCCUUACCCAUUAAAUGAGCAAUCCUAGCCAAGAGGUGAUUUGGAAUCCUCUUAAAACUACAUACAUUUACCUUCUGGUUUUCACAUGUUUUCAAAACCUAACUUAUCUUUGCACCAACAAACCAUGUAAUUAGAAAAAGUUCUCAAGGAAGGUGCCCAGGCAAGAAUACUGGAGUGGGUUGCCAUACCCUCCUCCAGGGGAUCUUCCUGAUGCAGGGAUCAAACCCAAAUCUCUUAUGUCUUCUGCAUUGGCAGGCAGGAUCUUUACCACGGUGUCACCUGGGAAGCCCAAUAUUUUCCAGUAAAAUUGUGCUUUCAGGUGACCUGAAUCUGACUAAUGAGGAAUUAUGACUGCCAUUCUAACCUUUUCAGGAAGAGGGUCCAUAACAGCAG